AAUCCCUACGGCAAUUUUUUAGUAGAAGACUUGAUAUGUUUUCUUCUUCCACGUCUGUGAGUGCAAGGUGGUUAGGCGAUCAAUUCCAACGACCAUUCUAGGGUUUGUUUCGUUACUAUACAAGAGUAGUGAUGUGAUUAAGAAAAAGCAAGUGUGGACAUGGGCUGUUCUGUUCUUGCUCAAGAAAUGGAUGAUUAGGAGAGCUAUAAAUAUAAACACUUAGGGUUAGGGUUGGGCAUGAACCAACUGACAGAUCUCAAGUUUGCUGCUUAGCUCCAGACACAUGACUGUUUCUGGAUCUAAAUCGGAGGUUUCUUCAGAAAAUAAGUUAUUUGAAGAAGGGAGUGAAGAAUUAGGGUUUGGGAGCAUGAAGAAGUGCCAAUUAGUGGCCAAACAGGAUGAACCUUACAGCUGCUAUACCACUUCUACUCACACCAUUAGUAGUGUGAGAUAUGGAGAGUGCCAGAAGAACCAUGCUGCUAGCAUUGGAGGUUACGCCGUAGAUGGGUGCAGAGAAUUCAUGGCUAGUGGAGAGGAAGGAACGAAUGCAGCCCUUAAAUGCGCGGCAUGCGGUUGCCACCGGAGCUUCCACCGGAGGGAAGUUGAGACCGAGGUCGUAUGUGAGUGUUCUUCACCUUCUUCCAAUGGGAAGUAAAAGGUACCCAAAAGAGGGAUGAAUUGUUAUUAAACUAUAUAGAAGAUGUUGAUGUUAUUGUGAUGAAAUUGACUUAUAGUAUUGCUGUGUGCUUUUUUUCCUCCCUUCAUUAGGGAAGACAUGUAUGAUUCCUAUAGCCCCUUCCCCCUUUCCUUGUAAUAUUGAGAUAUUAAGGAAACAAACUGUAGGUUUCUGUGUGUUAUCUUUCUCUAUAGAAGAUGUUGAUGUGUUGA